GGAGAGAUCUUUAUUCACUUUCUCCGCUUCUCUUGUUUUGUCACUUUUCGAUAAACCCCAAUUCACGGCAGAAUCUUGAUAAUUUGAGAAAACGAAGCGUUGAUGGUGUUGUAGGAGAACAAUUCAUAGUUGUGAAGUUAGUUGCUUUCAAGGUGAAGAAAUCUAAGUAUGUCGAGCAGAACUCGGGAUGUUUUAGAAGGUCUGGUUAAAGAUAGUUCACUUAAAUGGUUGCUUGGGAAGCAAAGUUCUUUCGAUGAAGAAAUCAAAGAGAUUGAGAAUUCUCCAUCUGCUGGUGUCAAUUGGAUACCUGAGCUUUCUCCAGUAGCAAAUGUUGUCAUUCGCAGGUGUUCAAAAAUACUUGGUGUUUCAGUAAGUGAGCUACAAGAUAGUUUCAAACAAGAGGCGUCUGAAUCGGUUAAGCAGCCUUCAAUGUUUCCAAGAAACUUUCUAGAGUACUGCUGUUUCAGGGCACUUGCACUUUCUGUUGGAGUAACAGGUCAUCUCAGCGAUAAAAACUUUCGACGUCUAACUUUUGAUAUGAUGGUUGCUUGGGAGGUUCCUUCUGCUGCUAGCCAGACAUUACUCAGUGUUGAUGAAGAUCCAACCGUUGGUUUAGAAGCCUUCUCACGGAUUGCUCCAGCAGUUCCGAUUAUAGCUGAUGUGAUCAUUUGUGAGAAUUUGUUUGGGAUGCUGAGUUCUGCCUCAAACAGUGUUCGGCUUCAGUUCUAUGUUUAUGACAAGUAUUUGUAUGGACUUGAAAGAGCAAUAAAGAAGAUGAAGAGCCAGUCCGAGUCAUCGUUGCUUUCUGGUGUUCGAUCAAAAGGAGAAAAGAUUCUUGAGGUCGACGGGACAGUUACUACCCAACCAGUUCUUGAACAUAUUGGAAUCUCUACAUGGCCAGGUCGCUUGAUUCUGACUGAUCAUUCACUCUAUUUUGAGGCUAUAAAGGUUGUGUCUUUCGAUACACCAAAGCGUUAUAGCCUCUCUGAAGAUCUGAAACAAGUCAUUAAACCUGAGUUAACCGGUCCUUGGGGCACUCGGCUGUUCGAUAAGGCUGUUUCUUACAAGUCUAUUUCCCUACCAGAACCAGUAGUAAUGGAGUUCCCCGAGCUCAAGGGCCACACAAGACGAGAUUACUGGCUCGCGAUAAUCCUAGAAGUGUUAUAUGUUCACAGAUACAUAAAGAAGUUCAAGAUCAACACUGAUGUGGCGAAAGAUGAAGCUAUCUCAAAAGCUGUACUCGGCAUUUUACGCGUGCAAGCCAUUCAAGAACUCGGUUUAACAAACCCUGUGCGUUACGAGAAUCUUCUCCCGUUCAAUCUCUGCGAUCAACUUCCUGGUGGAGAUCGUAUUCUGGAGACGCUUGCAGAGAUGUCUACUUCUAGAGUGCUUGACCGGACAAACAAAGAAGGGACAUUGCACUCGAUCUCGGCCUCGGAUAUGGUUUCGCAAUUGGGUUUGGUGUUUGGAGCAACAAGUCCAAAGAGUAGAAGUAGUCUUGUGGUAGGUGAGGUGAUGGUUGGAGAUGUGAAUCCAUUGGAGAAAGCGGUUAAGCAAUCAAGAAAGAACUACGAGAAAGUGGUUCUUGCACAAGAGACGGUUAAUGGAGUUAAAGUUGAUGGAAUUGACACCAAUGUAGCAGUGAUGAAGGAACUGCUACUUCCGGUUAUAGAAAUCGGGAAUUGGCUUUUGUCGUUAGCUUAUUGGGAGGAUCCAUUGAAGUCUUUUGUUUUCUGUCUUUUCUCAACUUUCAUAAUUUACAGGGGGUGGAUUGGCUAUGUUUUUGCGAUUGCGUCUCUCUUUAUAGCGGGUUUCAUGGUUCUCACGAGAUAUUUCAGCAACAGAGAGAAAGUAAUGAUCGAGCUGAAAGUUAUAGCGCCGCCUCCUAUGAACACAAUGGAACAGCUUUUAGCAGUCCAAAACGCGAUUUCACAGCUCGAACAGUUAAUCCAAGACGCAAACAUUGUUCUCCUCAAGUUCCGAGCUUUACUACUCUCUCUUUUCCCACAGGCGAGUGAGAAGUUUGCGGUUGCCAUUGUGAUCGCUGCGUCGAUGAUGGCAUUAGUGCCUUGGAACAAUCUGAUUCUGGUGGUGUUUCUUGAGCUGUUCACAAGAUACUCGCCACCGCGUAGAGCAAGCACGGAACGGUUGAUGCGGCGGCUUAAAGAGUGGUGGUUCAGCAUUCCGGCUGCUCCGGUUGUUCUUGAACAGAGCAAAGACGAUAACAAGAAAACCAAGUAAAACAUUUCAAAAAUGAUGUCGGUUUUUGUCCCACGAGAGUUCAUCAGGGAAACUGUGUAAUGUUGUAACUAAUUACGUAUAUCUGUGCAUUUACAUGUAUGUUGUACAAAAGUUUUUGAAUUAUUACUAUAGAAUAAAGUCUAUUAACCGAA